AUGGAUCACAAGCGCAAGUCGUCCGCCGCAAAUGGCGCGACCGAAGGUGCUGAUGAGCGCGCCGCAAAGCGCCUCAGAUUGUCCCAGAAAUACAAUCUCAGCAAGCAAGAGACUGUCGAGUCUACCACCGAACAUGGCCUAUUCUUCCUGGAACAGAUCCGCCAGACCAAAGAUAAGAAUGGCCGGCUCGUGGCAGGAUACUUCGAAAAGCUCCCCUCAAAAGAGAGCACCCCCGAGUACUACAAGAAAACGCGCAUGCCGAUCUCGCUGUCCAUGAUCGAACGGAAGCUCAAAAAGGGAGACUUUUCUACCCUGACCGAGCUCGAGAGCUACUUCAAGCGCAUGGUGACCAACGCGAAAGAGUUCUAUCCUCGCAACACCCAAAUCUUCGACGAUGCCGAGAGGGUCCGAAAGGCUCUCAGCAACUACAUGACCAAGACGAACCCUGCAUACAACGGUGGCAACUACAGUGCCGUGCCGACGCCUCUGCCUGCCUCCGGUGUUGUAGACGAAGUUGAGGAGGAAGACGAAGACGACGCGACCCCUGCCAAGACGGGCCGCCGCAAGUCCCAGGGGAAUGCGAAGCCUGCGGAGAAGCAGCCCGAGGUUGACGAAGGCGAUGAGGACGAAGACGAAGAUGCCGAGGAAGAUGAAGAUGAAGAGGAUGAAGAGGAAGACGACGACGCCGAGGGAGAAGAAGAUGAUGAGGAGGCGAGCCAGUCCUCAAAGCGCGCCGCAAUAAUCAUCCGUCGCAGGGGCCCUGGCAGGCCUCCCAAGGGAGUGACGCCGCGCAAGUCCAAAGGUCGCACUAGCACACCUAGUCGUCCUGACUGCGAGUACGAGGACGUUCCGUACAAGGGUCUCACUUUCCAGGCCGCGCAGGAGAAGAUUGUGGAAGAGAUGCUGCGCAAGCGAGAAGACGAGCCCGAGGCGUACUUCGAGCCUUUUGUAAAUCUACCUCCCCGUGCCCUCAAGGACUAUUAUCGGGUCAUCAAGGAGCCCAUCUCUAUCAAAAAGCUCCAGAAAUCUGUCAAGGGAGUCAAGGGACGAAAUGAAGCCACAGGUACCAGCGAGUUCAAGAACUGGGCUGCGUUUGAGGAGAGCGCUAGCCUCCUUUGGAAGAACGCUUGCUUCUACAAUGAAGAGGGAAGUGAGAUUUACGAGCUAGCUCAGGAAUUGAAGGAGUUCUUCCUGGAUGAGCUGAAGCAGGCCAAAGGAGUUGUCCCAGAGCCAUCGCAGCCAAAGAUCAAGUUGAAGGUACAGCAACCUGCGGCCGAGCAGCCUACUACGUCCAAGAAGAUUACAAUCCAUGUGGGAGGCAAAAGCGAUUCGGCGGACUCACCGGCACCUCCUGUUCCUCAGUCCGCAGGCUCUCAAGCAAGCGAGCAGAUCGCCCCGAAUGGCACCACGCGUCAAGCUGCUAACCCUAUCAUGCCAGCUGCGAUGGACAGAAUUCGAAGCACUUCGGCGGCUUCGCCCAGCCCUUCAGUUGCUAACACUAUCAAGCGAGAAGAUGCCAUGCGCCCUUCUCCUGCCGGUACGCCCGGUCACGCGAGUACACCGUCGGCUUUUCCACCUCCUGGUCAACCCGCAGGACUGUCCAAUGCAACUUUCCAGCCUAUCGGUGCUCCGCAGCAACAGUCGCAGCCGAACGGGGUUCAGCAACCUAGCAAGCCUCUCUGGGACCAGAGACUUCGCGCGCCUGGCAAAGGCAUUGCGGAUGCUCUCAUCUCUAGCCUCAAGGUCCAGACUCAUCCGAUGAUCAAUCAUGAUCGUCGAUUUGAAGUCACCGUCAAACCUCUCGAGAAGGUGUCCCAACAGUCAGUUACGGUUCAUAUGCCUGCCAAUCAGCUGAGGAUUCAGAUCAUCCCGACCUUGCCUGCCCUCUUAGAGAAGGAGGGACGCCAGUACAGACUCUGGGUAAUCAUCAACCGGCACACACUCACUCCGGUUCAUGGAGUUCCAGGUCAAGUGCUUUCAACCGGCGAAAGGGUAUUCGAGGCCCAGCUCCAAGCUGGUAUUGUCAACACCAUCGAGGUCCACGUUGUUGCAGCAUUGCCCAAGGGCCAGAAAUUGCCGAGUGGUGAAGACUUUGAAGUGGAGCAAAUGACGGUGCUUGCCAACGUCACCAUCAGCGCACAGAAUCGUGGGGUGAUGGCGUUAUCCAUCGUGACCGUAGCGCUGCUGAACGGGCUGGUCCAUGGCGAUCUCCCGAACCAUCUUCUCGAUCGGCGCCCCGAGGCAUACAACAUUAGCGACAACGGUUGUACCCGCUACCCCCCGGUGCACCAUUCGAGUCGCGUGCUGUUGCGACCACAUCAAACGCGGACGACUUCGCGAAUCGUUCAACCCACAGCAGCGGCUCCGGAGAUCAAGCCUCGCAAGCGUUUGCCGGAUGACAGGCUGGCUUGGUCCUCGCCAUGUGAACAGAAGCCGGGUGUGUCGCCCACAGCAGGGUCGAACCUGCCAGACCCGUGGCGUCCGACUCAACCCAAGCCCCAGAGCCAGCCUGAGGUGAAGGAGGAGCGCGAGAGAGGACUUCAUAAUGGACUAUCUUUAAGUCUUGAGGAUGCACACUUGGCAACGAGCUACAUUCUUUCCAUUGGGCCCGAUUUACUUAUGAAACUGGGCAAGCACGCUGGUCCUAGUUUGCUGAUGCGGGCUUGCGUUUUUGAUGAGAAAGUGAUAAAAGGACUUGUCAAGAUAGCAGGACUCGUCAACUAUAACAAGAACCAAGCAUUUUUCACCGAUCAGGCUUCUAUCAGAGCAGUAACGAUCAAGAGGAUAUCCAUGCUCAGGCAGGCGGACGCUAUGGGCGACAGAAAGAAGGGACUGAUACACCUCAUGGGCAGCGUAGCACUCCUACUCGAUGACCAGGACAUGUUCAGUAAGGUUCUGCGAUAUGUUUCCCCAAUUUGA